AUGCCUUUGCUCGAGUUGACUGACCAGGCUGAGAGACGUCUGAAGUUCAAGAUGAAGUUGUACGGAGCUCUAAUCUUCUUUCUGACUGUCUCCGCAGGAUGUGGCUUGGUGUGCUACACGUGCAUCAAUGUUAAACCGGAAUCUUGUACAUCCAGUGAAACCUGUGCCAGUGGAAUCCAGAAUUGCUUCUCUUUAAAACUACCAAUUGUAAACACAGUCACCAAGGGUUGCAAACUAUCCGAAUUACCAUGCAAUAGUCUGAUUACUUGCUGUGAAGGGAACCUGUGCAACGGAGCCGUACCAACAGGUCCUGGUGUCUCUCUGCUGCUGAUGUCCUCAACUCUCGUCAUGCUCUUCAUUUGAGGCUCUAAAAGUAAAUUCUGUCAGUUCUGUCCUGCUUUAUUGUUUAGACUCAGUUUGUAUGACUGAAGAAUUUUUUUAAAAAUCUAGUUUCAAGCUUUGAAAGUAUCUGAUACAUAGUGAAAUGACAACUGAAAACGUACAUGUGUCCAAGUGACCCAAAUUUUAACGUUUUACUUUUUUUUUUAAAUACGAGGUACUCCUGAAUUAGUGCUUCUGUUUCUUUUUUUGUGCUCUGAAUACUAAAACCCUGAGUCAGUCGUGGCACAUGACCGUUCACACUGAGUCAGGUUCUCCUGAGGGUUUCUGUCUGUUAAAGGGACAUUUUCCUCUCCACUAGUGUCGCUGAGGGAUUGUUGCAAAGUCAAUGACACAAUAUAAGUAAUUGUCUUGUGUUGCUACGUGUUCAUUCAGGAGGACUGAGUGCUUUAAGUGAAUGACUCAAUGCAAUCAGCAGGGUUUCCUUAGAAAAACAACUUUUUUGAAACCAAUGAACUGAACUUGACUACAUUAUUUGAUAAGUGGGGUCAAUUAAAAUAUAAACGUAUGAUUGGAUUGAAUGGAUUUGGGGGACUUUGUGUUGCAGUUCUGUUUUGCUUUGGGUUUUUUGGUAAAGUGUCUUGAGAUGAUGUAUCGUGAAUUAGUGAUAUAUAAAUAGACUGAAAUAAAAUUCUUUGAAUUAAAGAUUCAAAUUGAAAAAUCUGUAAGUCCAAGUCUCUCUGAAUAUCUCUGCAAGUGUACAAAAUAUAUCAAUUUCUCAUCUAUUUUGUAUUUUUAGGUC